AGCUUUAAACCUGACUGACGUCAGCCCAACCAAUCAAAUGCCGUUUUACUCUGCGACCGAUAGCAUUCUCAACCAAUCAAAACAAGAUCGUCAGGCGCUAGGCCGCCGCGCCGCCAAUCAGUGCGCAGUGGCGUCAGCGCUGGGCGAGUUCGGUUGAUCCGAAAUGGUGACAGCUCGCGCGUGCGGAUGAUGGCGGUAAAUAACAGCGGAAAGAGAUUGUAAAGAAAAAACACGUGAAUAUUUACCGUUAUUUUCCGCGUUAAAGCGGUUUGACGGGCUGUUUCGCGGAGGACUCGCGCUGACGGGAUGUUUUGAAGAGAGUCCGCGGAUUUUCUGUGUGACUUUAUUCUGUGUCUGCGGAUUGUGCGGGUUUUUGUUCAAUGGAUUUAAAGUAACGGUUUUCUCGCGCCGGUAUAAACGCACAAACACCGAGCGUCCGAUUACCGGUACCAGAGACCCCCGGAUCCGCUGCUGCCGCGGGUUCCGCAUGUGUCCCGGUGGAGCGUCUUUUGUUCUUGUGUGUUUAGCGUGAUGAAGCCCGUCACACAGUCCAACAGCAGAACGCAUCUGCUCGGAUGCUGAACCUCAACACUUCACACAGAUGAGGAGGGUCAUGGCAUGCGGUUCCUGACUCUGAGUGCUCAUGCGUGUUGGCAGACAUGGAUCGCUGUAAGCACGUGGUGCGUCUUCGUUUGGGCCACGGCCACUCCAUCCUCAACCCGCAGAAGUGGCGCUGCGUAGACUGCGACACCACAGAGUCGGUAUGGGCCUGUCUGAAGUGCUCUCACGUGGCGUGUGGACGCUACAUGGAGGAACACUCGCUGAGUCAUUACCAGCAGACGCAACACCCGCUGGCCAUGGAGGUUCGCGAGCUGGACGUCUUUUGUUUCGCGUGCGGAGAUUACGUGUUGAACGAUAACGUAGAGGGAGACCUGAAGCUCCUGCGAGGCGCUCUGUCUACCGUCCGCAGCCCCGGUCAGCGCUCCCUGCGGUCAUCGGCGGCCGAAGGGGGUCUCCGAGCAUGCGAGGUGACGCGGGAGGGCGUGGGGCCACGUCCGACCAUGCAGGCGGCUCUCUUGCACAGGCGGAAAUCUCUGCUCCGAAGCGCCCUGCGCCGCUGGAGCGGCCGGCAGCAAGAACAACAGCAGAUGCGUGAGGAGAAACAGGAGCAAGAAAGGGAGGAGAAGCGACGGCAACGCAGGGAGGUUAAGAAGAGGCUCAUGGGAGAACUAGCUAACGUUCCGCCGAGAAAAAGUGCACGGCUGCUCACUCAGGCUCCUCGUCCCACGCUUGCGCUCAUCCCGUCCAAGUUCCGCGACCCUCCGGAUCGGCUUCCGUCCAUUCUUAAGCAGACAUUGCUGCCGUUGUCCAACAAACCUCUAGCACGCAGGCCGCUCCGCACGGGUAGGCUUCACCGAUACCGCACCUCGCAGUCGGCGCGCCGCAGAAAACUCGCACCCGGGGUCACGGGACUGCGUAACCUCGGCAACACGUGCUACAUGAACUCCAUCCUUCAGGUGUUAAGUCACCUGCAGAAGUUCAGGGAGUGUUUCCUCACGUUGGACCUGUGCGAGACGGAAGAGCUGCUCGCUAAGACCAACCACUCGCAGAAUGUGGUAGGAGGAACGAGCGCCCUCACUGCGCUGGGUCGCAUGGGGAGGGCAACCGUGUCGCAGAAUGUCCCGCCCUGUUUGAACGCCGCUGAACUGGUGCAACCUAAAGAGCCACGUUCCUCGUCUCGGCAGCAGAUGUCGCUGUGUCACGAGCUGCACACUCUUUUUCGGGUCAUGUGGUCCGGCCGAUGGUCGCUAGUCUCCCCUUUUGCCAUGCUGCACUCCGUAUGGAACCUCAUCCCGGCGUUCCGUGGAUACGACCAGCAGGAUGCGCAGGAGUUCCUGUGCGAGCUUUUGGAUAAAGUCCAGCAGGAACUAGAGUCGGACGGACCACGGAAACCUCUCUUAAUCCCCCUCACGCAGCGGAAGCUCUCCAAGCAGGUGCUCAAAGUGCUCAACACUAUCUUCCACGGACAGCUGCUCAGCCAGGUAACUUGUUUGUCCUGUAAGCGCAAGUCAAACACGGUGGAGCCCUUCUGGGAUUUGUCUCUGGAGUUUCCGGAGCGAUACCACAGAAUGGAGAAGCCCAGCACUGCCACAUGUCAGCAGAGCUGCUCGCUGUCCGAGAUGCUCGCCAAAUUCACCGAGACGGAAGCGUUAGAGGGCUGCAUCUACGCGUGCAACUUCUGCAACAGAAGGCGACGUAAAUCCUCCCAUAAGCCCCUGUCCUUGUCAGAGGCCUGUAAGCAGUUACUCAUCUGUCGUUUACCUCAGGUGCUGCGGCUACACCUCAAACGCUUCCGGUGGUCCGGUCGGAACCACAGGGAGAAGAUCGGCGUCCAUGUGGCUUUUGAUCAGGUGCUGAAUAUAGAACCAUACUGCUGCUCGGACGCUGCACCUUCACCACGGAGAGAGGCCUUCACUUAUGAUCUGUCUGCUGUAGUCAUGCAUCAUGGGAAGGGCUUUGGCUCAGGGCACUACACAGCCUACUGUUAUAACACUGAAGGAGGUUUCUGGGUCCACUGUAAUGACUCGGAGAUGAACGUGUGCAGCGUGGAGGAGGUGUGCAGCACUCAGGCCUACAUCCUGUUCUACACGCAGCGCUCCUCAUAGACCCGUCUGCCUCUCUCUCUCUCUUUCUCUUGUCUCUUUCUUCUCUCUCUCAUUGGAGAUCUGUUCCUGACAUCAGCAGUGAGACUCGGAGACGUUGGUUUGUCUCUGCUGGCACAGUCACACUUUACCCAGGGCAUUCAGGACCAAACUACACUCACCUGCAGGGUCACGGAUAAACUCGAGUACUGACGUUCUUCUGCUGUCGAGAGAGAGACAGACGGACGCUCGUCCUGUAGAGCAACUUGACCGCAAUACGAUCAUCAAACACACUGAAUCAGGAAUUCUUCACCUUUGAUACCAUGACUGUUUUCUACUCUCUUUCUACUCUGGAGAUAAUUCAGGACAACAGUGAAAGCCUCUUCAAAUUUCAUCUGUGGUAAAUGACUGAACAAUCGAUGACGCUGAAUGUCUUUUAGUUGUGUGUGUGUGUGCGCGUGUGUGUUUGGACGGGUGUGACCUCUGACCCUUAACCUUUGUUCUGUGUGGUGAGAACACCUGUUAUCCACUUUAUUGAUCUUGUGGGAUCUUCCUGAUGAUAGUGAAUAAAGAACAAAAAA